AUGCAGAUGAGGAGGACCAGACCAAUGCUUCAAAGCCAGGACUUUGGCCCGAUUCGACCACAGACACCGCCAUGGCUUCGCAACAAUACGGAGCUGCGUGCUUUGCAACAGAAAAUGACAGGAUUGAUCCAAGUCAUACAGAAUCGCGCGAUAGAGCAGGGAGGACUGCCGGAAGAAUUGAAGCAGCUUCUUGACAAGGGGCAUGAUGCUUUGGUUGACGUUGUCCAGAGGGUCGUGGGAAUAGCGGAGUAG